UUGGACGGAUUCCGGUACGACUACCUGCACUUCGGCGUGUCGCCCAUGCUGCAGGACAUGCUGGACUGCGGUGUGACGGCGCCCUACGUCCGCACCUCAUUUCCCAGCAAGACGUUCCCCAACCACUACAGCAUCGCCACGGGCAUGUAUCCGGAGUCGAACGGCAUCGUCGGCAACAGGAUGUACGACACGGCGCUGCCUGGCCGCCGCUUCAAGCUGGGCAAGCAAGAGAGCCUGCGGCCCGUCUGGUGGCGUGCCGAGCCGGUGUGGGAGACCGUGCGGAAGAUGGUAUGUUCAUCGCACCACACUUCCGCAGACUUGGCGGAGCACAGCAGCCUGCUGCCAUUGUUCGCUGUUACGAAAUGCUCCAUUUUUAUAACAUUUUUCAACACAUUUUCAUGGGCGGUUGUGUCGGCGGUCUUCUUCUGGCCGGGCUCUGAGGUGCCCGGUCGUCUGCCGACGCAUUACAAGCGGUACGACAGCAAGGUGCCGUACGAGCAGCGCGUGACCCAGAUCAUCGACUGGCUGCUGCUGCCGGAGCCGAAGCGACCCCGCUACCUGUCGCUCUACUUCGAGGAGCCGGACAAGAGCGGUCAUAGCUAUGGCCCGAACUCGGAGCAGGUGAAGGCGGCGGUGGACCGCGUAGACGCCCAGCUGGCCAGUCUGUACAGUCAGCUGAUGGAGCACGACUUACUGGGCUGUGUGGACGUGACGGUGUCCUCAGACCACGGCAUGGCGGCGGUCAGGGAAGACUGCGAAUCAGUCAUUCUGGAUGAUUAUGUGCCGGGACUUAGUAAGAACUCUACCUACGUUAACGGACCUGUCACCCGUGUCCGACCAGAUAACCAGUCGACAGUUAACGACCUAGUAGAGCAGCUGGAUUGCGCGCACCCGGCGCUGCGCGUGCUCCACCGUGACGAGCUUCCGGAGCGCUGGCACUACCAGCAGAGCAGCCGCAUCGAGCCCAUCAUUGCCACCGUCGACCAGGGCUACGGCAUGUCGGUGCCCAGCUCCGACUUCUGCAUACGUGGGAUGCACGGCUACGACAACGACUUGGUGGACAUGAGGAGCUUCUUUGUCGCCCACGGACCGUCCUUCAAGCGCAACUUCACAGCUGAUCCUUUCGAAAACAUUCAGCUGUACAGCCUGUUUCAAACUCUUCUCGGGCUGCCUGACAUUGAGAACAACGCAACCAAACACAGUCUGGACCACCUGCUGGUGUCGCCACCCUCUGACCGGACCCCGAUUGGACCUGCCUCGGUCGCGGCCUCGCCGCCGCUGGAGCAGACCCUGACCAACCCAUGCUGCACCGAGCUGGACAACUGCAGGUGUCAAGCCUUGGAGGAAUGGCUAGCGGGGACCAAGAAUGUGAGCGGCACGUUGCCACUGCCGGUAUCUGGGCGGGACGUUCUUCUGGAUGUAACUGUCGAUGGAUCCUUCGCAGCUGAGCCGUCGCCGAAGCCGUCGCGGUCGUACCGCUGGCUGCAGUACUACCUGGAGCGGGACAGCAACGGCAGCCUGACAAUGCCGCCGCUGCCGGCCGCCGACAGCCAGUGUCUGUUCCAGAGCAGCGGCCGGCCGGGACCCGUGCAAGGCUGCUCAGUUGACUCCGCAUACAGAAGCCUGGUCCACACGGGCGGCACCGACUCGUACCUGGGGCGGCUGGCUGCCAGCAUGUACCCCAUGUACCCAGCGUACCAAGAGCGUGUGCUUCCCGAGCUGCUGCGCCGGCUGGAGACGUACUCGCGGCGGUACGGACUGGUGGCCGUGCUGGCCGGGCCCGUGUACCGCUCGGAGGCUCUCGACAGAUUCGGGCAGCCGAUUCCAUCCCACUUCUUCUACCAGCUGCGGAUGUGCGGGGGCCGCGGCUGCCGCCCGGAAGAGAUUGUCCACAAGCAGUGGAUCCUGCCGCACAAGGAGCGCUUCCGGCCGUGCGAGGCGGCGGGCAAGUACGUGAACUUCCACGAGGCGACGCUGCGGGAUGUGGAGCGCGUCUCUGGCCUGACGCUGUUCGCCGGUCAGCUGGCGUCGCAGCCGGACUCGGCCCACGGCAGCCACGCCCGCUUUAUCACCCAGCUGCCCGAGCUACGGCCGCCGCUGACCUGGUCAAAUUGAGCCGCGGCAGCCGCUGACCUGGUGCGACUGAGGCGCGGCCGCCGCUGACCUGGUCAAAUUCAGCCGCGGCAGCCGCUGACCUGGUGCGGACUAAGCCGCGACCGCCGCUGACCUGGUGCGACUGAUCCCCGACUGCGCUGACCUGGUGCGACUGAGCCGCGACCGCCGCUGACCUGGUCCGACUGAUCCCCGACGGCCGCUGACCUGGGCCGGCCCGAGCUGCAGCGCCACUGACUGCGGCCCCACUGAGCCGUGACGGCCAGCGAGUGUACCCGCCGCCCGGCCACCAGUGCAGGGAGAGACAAACGCAAACGAAAGUGACGUUCGCUGGAUGGAUGGAGCUUUGCAUCUCUGUGGGAUCUCCCCCCUUCUCACGAUGUGUUUACCGUCUAUCCACUAAUAUGGGUCGAUAAACACACGCACGCAGCACGCACGCACGCACGCCCGCACGCACGCCCGCACGCACAUUCAUAAUGUGUGGGUGCGUGUGUGUGUGUUUGUUUUGUUCAAAAAUUACCUUUUCCAUGAUCUUCAUCCACACCAAGUAAGAAGAGCGAAAAAGUUCCAAAUAGUCAUCCCUGCUACCGCCUUGCUCAAACUCCAAAUUUACCUCCAAUCCAUCCAACGAACUGACCAUACGAUUACCGUUGGCCGGAACUUCGAUCAUUGUGGUGAUUGCAGCUCAUCCAUUAGGUGAUAUGCCUCCAUGCUAUAGAGCGAACAUGCGAGUUCCUGAUGUUUUUUUCACGAACUCUAUUUCGAUACACUUGAGGAGCAGAUGUCAUGCAAUUCGCCUGUUUCGAGAGGUGCCCGGGAAGUAAAGAAGCUCGCGCUGUGAAAGUGGGGAUUUUCUUGUGCGAAAGGGUCGCCAGCUUUCCAAUUUACACCUGGUGCUGGAGUUAAGUUUGCAGCUCUUAGAGACAUAUGGGCACAAGCGUAGGUACAGCAGAAUAUUUUAGAGAAAAGUAACGCCGCAAACAUAUAAAAAGUAGCCAACAUUCAUAACUUCUAGCGCAAUUUUUAUACCUCCAUAAUGCAAUUACCGGUGUUGUACAUGCAAAGUGCAGCUGUAUUGUUUCCAGCUGCAAUUUUCCGAACCAAAAGUUGCGUGAACACC